AUGUUGCUCUGCUGCUGGACGUGGACGCUUUGCCUCCUCGGGCUGCUGAGCUCCGCCUCAGCUGACGAUGCAGCAGCAGCAGCGGCGGUGGUGGAGGACUUCGGAGGCGAGUCCGGCUCCGGGAUGCUGCAGGCAGAUGAGGUGAACAUCCUGCAGGAACUUUCUCUUCAGAUGUCCGACAGCCAGAACGCCUCCAUGACGAAGGAAGACGGCAGGUGUCCGGUGCUACAGGUGGGACAGUAUUCCACGUUGGCUCUGCCUCUGCGACAGAUCUUCACCGACGGGUUUGAAGACGAGUUCAGUUUACUGGUGCAGCUGCGAAGCCCUCAGAGGGAAGAAUACAGCGUGUUCACGAUGCUCAGCCCCGACAGCCACAUCAUGAUGCAGCUGCGGAUCAGCGCGUUCGCCGUCAUCUUCAUAGGAACGCAGCAGCGACACUACGAGUUUCCAGUCGGCGGUCUGGCUGAUGGAAAGUGGCACCAUGUGGCCGUCAGCGUGUCGGCCAGGCGGCUGGCGCUGUACGUGGACUGUUCUCUGCUGGAGAGCGUGGACUGGAUUUACCACGGGAUGGGCAUCAGCACCGACGGGCUGCUCAUGGUUGGAGGCACCAGCGAAGGCUUUGACACGCCAUUUGAAGGUCAUAUUCGACAGCUGUCCUUCCUGAUGGCCGACCCAGAUGCCGCCCAGCAGCACUGCAGCCACCACCCGCCCCGCUGCAGCGCCGCCGCCCUCAAGCCUCCACGCUUUCCACGCACCAACAGCGCCCUGGAGAACAUACUGCUGUCCUCGAAUGACCUGGAGAACCUGCUGGGGGAUCCCGAGGACGAGUCCUUUCUGAGCUUUGGCCGAACCAAUGCAUUCCUGCGACGGGGGAGUGCUCGAGGGGACGGGACACUGCCUUCUAGACCCAAUCGGAAAGGUUCAGCAGGUCGUGGGGGCGUCUUUCUGGUGGACGAGGACACCGACUUGUUGAAUCCAAUCUUCCACAAUGGUGACGACAUGGACCCUCAAUGGAAACCGACCAGAAACGGGCCUAAAGGAAGCCAGAAGGGGAAGCCUGAAACGUCAUCUAAAAAUCAGGAAGAGAACAUUACAACAGAAAAGAAGACAGAUUCUGGUGGGAGGACUUCAUUGCUGUUCCCGGGAAAACCAUCUGAUGAUAUCAUUAACUUGGACAUCGGAAGUUCCUCCAAGAAGCCAUCACUAGGGUCUCCUGUGCUUCCAAAGAACCCUUUGGAUCCUAGAACAUCCACAGACCCCAACAGACUAAGAGAAGAGACCUGGACUGUUUCACCAACAUCUCGCGUCAUUAGUUCUUCUCCUUCUGUGAAGGUAGAGGAAGGAAAACCCACCACACACUUUGAACAGCCGGUCAAAGAUCGCACUGGAAUUGUGACCAUUGUAUCCAGAGAUGGAGACCUAGUCCGGGGCUCUGGUGGUAAAAUGUACCGACUCCAAAGGGGACCACCGGGCAGAAUGGGUCCUCCAGGGCCGGAAGGCUGUCUGGGUGAGCCUGGCCUUCCUGGGUUUAAAGGUGAUAAGGGUAAGACUGGCCCUGAAGGGAGAGCAGGGAAAAGGGGGGAGUUAGGACCUCCUGGACCGCCGGGUUUACCAACCCUGUACCUGUGGAAGAACACCGCUGAGGAAUGGGCUGCGUUCCAGCAAACCAAUUUCUACCAGCUGCUUGUCGCUGGUUGGCCUAGUAAAGAAGGCCCUGCAGGACCACCUGGAGAGAUGGGCAAACCCGGCCUACAGGGGCCUUCUGGUGAAGCUGGGGAGCGAGGACAACCAGGGAUGCCUGGAGAGAUGGGCGAUAUCGGUCUGAGGGGUCCUCCUGGACGAGCCGGGACUCCAGGGAGAGACGGGGAGAACGGGGAAGACGGCCAGCAGGGGUCACCUGGUGCUCCUGGACCACCGGGCCUGUGGGGUUACAGGGGAGAGCGAGGAUCCAAAGGGGAAAAAGGUGAUGAGGGUCUCGUUGGCCUCAAAGGUCCAAGAGGGGAAGUUGGUGAACCUGGUGAGAAGGGCCCGACUGGUUUACCUGGUCCACCUGGUCUUAUCGGACCUCCAGGGCCGCGGGGGAUCCGAGGUGGCUCCGGGCCAGAGGGGCCUCCUGGACCUGAUGGGGAGAGUGGACUGCACGGACCUCCGGGUCUGACGGGGCCGCCGGGUGCACCGGGUGUUACAGGACGAGUUGGCGCUCAGGGAGUUAAUGGAUCGAGGGGCGACUUGGGUCCUGCUGGCAGCGUCGGCCCCAAAGGCCCGCAGGGGCCUCCAGGUUUGGAGGGACAGAUGGGACCUCCAGGACUCCGAGGGCCCCAAGGACAUCCAGGACUGAUGGGAGCUGCUGGGCCUAAAGGAGAUCCUGGGCCUGUGGGGCCGAUGGGUGCCCGAGGGGACGUCGGCUUCGAGGGGCCCAUGGGUGCACCGGGGAGUCAGGGCCACGUGGGCUUUCCUGGACAAACUGGUGGCAGAGGACCAGAUGGAGAUAAGGGGGAUCCAGGACCGAAAGGCGACAAGGGUAUUCAGGGGGCAGCAGGCAUUAGGGGUCCUCAGGGAGAGAGGGGCCCCAUCGGCUUCCCGGGUUUCCCAGGAGCAAAGGGCCAACUGGGCCCCAGAGGCACCGAGGGCACAAGCGGUGAAACGGGUCCUCAGGGGAAGCAGGGCGGCCGCGGGUUGAAGGGGAACAGAGGACCAGACGGACGCACCGGCAAACCUGGACCCAGAGGGAACAAGGGUUGGGCUGGACAGAGGGGUCACCCAGGGCAACCAGGCCCAUCGGGUUUGCUGGGCCCACCUGGACCGAAGGGAGCAGAAGGAAAGCCUGGUACACAGGGUCCCUCGGGAGCAGCCGGCAGCGCUGGUAGUAAAGGACCGACGGGCUUUCAAGGAAUUGCUGGAGAGAGAGGAGCAGAUGGUCCGCCAGGUUCUCCGGGACCACCAGGGAAGACGGGGCCUCCAGGCUCCCCAGGACCCCCCGGAGAAAAGGGUUUUACGGGGAAGCCGGGCUUGGAGGGACCUCAGGGCCCAGUAGGCAUGUAUGGGAUCCAGGGGAACGUGGGGAUGCGAGGACCGACGGGUUUCACAGGAGAAAGAGGAGAGGCGGGUUUACGAGGUUUACCUGGACCUGUUGGGAAGCCAGGACCUGCAGGUCUGCCGGGUCCUCCUGGAGAAAAGGGGCCUCGGGGAGCUCAGGGUCGACCUGGAGAUGAAGGACCUAAAGGGAUUCAGGGAGCAACGGGUCCUCUGGGUGUCCCGGGUCCCAACGGAGCGACGGGUAAAGCUGGACCUCGAGGGAGCAAAGGGCCUCCAGGACCUCAGGGGCCUCAGGGGCCAACAGGAAUCCCAGGUCCGCAGGGUGAAGACGGAUCAUUAGGAGCAGCAGGGGAACGAGGACCGAAGGGUUCACCUGGACCACCUGGUGACUCAGGUCCUCCAGGACAAGACGGCCAACAGGGAGACCGCGGUCCUUGUGGGCAAACUGGACCUCAGGGGCCCCCCGGAGAGAGAGGGCGCGAGGGCUCGAAAGGCCCCCUUGGACCACCCGGAGCAGCCGGCAAAGAGGGGGAUGUUGGUCAUCCUGGAGAACCUGGAGAACCUGGACCCAAAGGAGACAAGGGUGAACUAGGACCUCUCGGUUUGUCCGGUCGAGAGGGUCCCUGGGGAGCCAUUGGAGAAAAUGGAAACAGGGGUCCAAAAGGCGAGAAGGGCCACAUCGGACUGAUGGGUGAACCGGGGCUGAUGGGAGAUCUGGGCCCUGCAGGUCUGCCUGGUCUACAGGGAAACACAGGCCCCCGGGGACCUCCAGGACCUGAUGGACCUCAGGGAGAAAAGGGGGAGUCUGGGCCUGCUGGGAUCACUGGACCUCCUGGAUCAGAGGGUCUGCAGGGAUUAAGUGGACUACAAGGCGUCAGAGGAGACGGCGGGAGGCUCGGACCGCCUGGUCCAGUUGGACAAGUUGGACCUCAGGGAGACCAGGGAGCUAAAGGAGAACCUGGGAUUCAAGGAGAGAAGGGAGAACCGGGAACUCCAGGACCACCCGGAGAACAGGGUGAGGAUGGUCUUCCAGGAAUCCAAGGACCUCCAGCUCUGCCAGGGUUGGAGGGGCCUCCUGGAGAGAUUGGACUCCAGGGUUCUCCAGGUCCCGCCGGAGCUCCUGGAGCUCAAGGGAAACCAGGACCUGAAGGAAAAGAGGGCAUGAAAGGAGAGAAGGGAGACGAUGGUGUGAUUGGACCACCGGGGAAGACGGGUCAGACUGGAAGGAGGGGGAAGCGAGGGAAGGCUGGAGUCCGAGGGACCAGGGGAGACCGAGGACCAAAGGGCGAAAAGGGAGUCGUGGGAGCGAUGGGCCACCCUGGGUGGUCCGGCCUCAUCGGAAUCCCUGGUUUACGCGGGGAAUUGGGGGAUCAAGGUGGAAACGGGAAAGAGGGUGAGAAAGGCGACAUGGGGCUGCCUGGACCACCUGGACGGGAUGGAACCAAGGGUAUUCGUGGUGCUGUAGGAUUUCCAGGUCCAGAGGGCAUAAAGGGAGAACAGGGAAACAUUGGUCCACCGGGGCGGAGAGGGAUGAUGGGGAUGCCUGGAUUUCCUGGUUUGUUUGGAUUAAAGGGUUUGAAAGGUUACCCAGGUCUGCCUGGACUGCCAGGCAGGAGGGGGCUCCCGGGUCCGCCUGGCGUUCCCGGACCUCCAGGAAAACCGCUGAACAUGACGCUGACUCAACUCAAGGACCUGAUGUAUUUGUCCGACAAGCCCAACUACCCUCUGAUCCAGACGCUGCUGGAUUCUCUGCAACACGAGCUCCGGCUGCUGGUGGAUCCUCCCGACGGCAGCAAAGAGCAUCCGGCCUCCACCUGUCUGGAGCUGUGGCUCUGUCACCCCGAGUACAGCAGCGGAAUGUAUUACAUCGACCCCAACCAGGGCAGCCCGGCCGACGCUCUGCUGGCCUACUGCAGCUUCUCGUCCACAUCAAAGGAGACCUGCCUUCAUCCUCGGGACUCUCAGCUGCCCAUGAAAGCCUGGAUGGAGGAGUUUUCUGAAGAGGGAUCGUUUCAGUGGCUCAGCAGGCUGGAUCGGGGGUUUCAGUUUUACUAUCCCGGCGCCAACGUGGUCCAGAUGCGUUUUCUGAGGCUGCACAGCAGCACCGCCGUCCAGAAGGUGACCUACUCCUGCCAUCCAGGACACAGACUGGGCCAGACGGACCGAGACGUCAAGUUCCUCACAGACACCAGGAAGCAAAGUUACCUCGGAGCGGUGAAAGAUUGUCAGCCUGGAGAGGAGACGGCUUCUGGUCCUCGGGAGUCGGUGUUUGAGUUCGAGGACCUGCAGCUGCUCCCUCUGAGGGACGUGGCUCUGAUGGGGGGAGGAAACUUCACGCACCGGUUCGGCCUCACCGUCGGACCCGUGUGCUUCAGCUAGAGGUCGGCGGACACAGACCUCCGUUCAGAACACGGAGAGGACGACUGCAGCUUCCUGAUGUCUGAACAUUUCUUCUCCUCUUGCGUCGGAGGGAUCUGAUCUCUCGAGUUGAGUGACUCCGUGCGGAUGAAUCUCAAAGGGCACGCGUGCGCUUUUUUGUUUUUUAUCACGGAGAAGUCAAUUUUGUUUACAGAGACAUUUAUCUUGUAUUAAAUAAUUUAAAAAUGUAUGUUUUUUUUUUAUCCUUUAUAUACAAUGUUUUUGUUGUUGUUGUUGUGUAUUUAGGGAUUCUGUUAUAGCUUGCUCAUCGUGUAUAUAACUGACCUCUAACAAUGUGUUUCUGCACAGCGACGCGGCUUCUGUCGUCCCAUUGGCCGUCCGUUACUGUACUGUAGUACUGUAGGUGAACCCUCACGUUUCACUUUAACUCAAGGUGCUGAUCGAGUUUUAUUAUUUAAUCCCAGAACCAAUAGAAAAGGGGCAGCCGUGACAUCCUGUGCGUGUUUGGUGCUGUUCUCAGUGUGUUCUAAAACAAACCAUCGCUUAUUGUUUUUUGUUUUUUUUUCAUAUAAUUGUGUUUCUCAGGUACUUUAAUGACGUACAUGUGGGCACUGAGUCUGCUGUUGCCUCCGUAUGUCGCUCAGUUUUAUAGUUUAGACUUAAGAAGUGUUAAGAUUAGGAUAAAUCCAUGACAACCAACAAUGAAUUAUUGAUUUACUAAGAAUUGUUUAGCAGAGCCUGAUAUUGCAGAUUCCAGAAACAACAAUGGAACCAUUUGUUCAUGACCGCAAACGCACAAACUGGUUUAUUUUGAUUGAUGCACACUUUUUUUUUGUUCAAUUCCCGGCUACAGAGCUCAGCUGUCUGUCUCUCUAUCAUCUGUCUCCACUGUUUAUCUAAUAAAUGCACAAAUAUCCAAAAAUAAUCACAAUCUUGGAACAAAAGACAGAAAUGUUAACCCAGUGCUGUAACCUGUUAGGUCACCAUGGUAACUGAUGCUGCAACCUACGUUGAGAGGUUUGGCGUCUGAUCCCCUAUAAGAAGCGUCUCUCCAUCACCAGUUCGUCUCCUGAUAUUUCUCUACUCUGCUGAUUCUGCAGCUCAUGGAACACAGAUUAGAAACUCCUCAGUCUAUUGGUAUUGAUCACAAAGAACAUUUGAUCAGAAGCAUUCAUUUGAUUUGCCUAAAAACUGCAGUGAUUGUAUUCUUCAUUGUGACCUGAAUGCACUCGUUGAGAAGCCUGUCAGGGUGAAAUAAAUCAAAUUUAGUUCAACAGCAUUAAUAUGCAGAUGUAAUGUUAGAAAUAAGCGACUGCAUUACGAGUGAAACAUACCCACAUGAUCAACCGUUUUCUACCAGCGUUCCUCUCUUGCCUGAUUUGCAGAAGCAAUUUUUUAUUUUUUUUUAAAAACUGAACAUUUAUUAAAAACUAAGCAGUAACAGACAGAGCAGCCAAGUUGUAAAAUAGUUUGAAAUAAAGUAAAACAUUGUUGAUUUAAUGACAGGAAAUGAAUCAUAUAAAAACACCAGAUUUUUGAAAGGAGUGAACACUUGCACCUGUAAAACUAUUAAACACGGUUCAAUCAUUGAUCUUCAACAGACUGUAAACGUUUGUGGUCGUAUACGAUGAACCAAUAAUCUGUCACAGGAGCAUCUGAGAUGAUUACAAUGCAUAAAUAAAAAGACAUGUUUAAUUUAAUGAACCCUAUGCAUGUAAAGCCUAGCAUUCACUAACAAGAGAAGAGCUGGAGUUCUGCCUGAUUAUUAAGCUCUGACAAUAGAUGCUGCUUUGAUCAAAUCUGAGUUUAUAAUUUCUGAGAGUCUAUUAGAUGAGAUUUUUUUUGUACCAAUCCAGUUAAAUUCAAGCAUGAUGAGAGUCUGACAAGUUUUAUUCCCAUAGAACUGAGGCUAAGCAGCCACAUUUCACACACAUUCCAGAAUAAAUCUCUAAUUUCUCCCUCUGCACUGUUUAAAUCAGGAUUUAGUUUGCCUCUGGAGUGAGAGUAUUAAACCGGCCCUGCCUGCAGAGCCUUUUUUGCCCUCCUGCCCCCCUUGCUCUGGUUCAAACCUGCCCACUUAGCUUUUAGCGAUUGCUGUCGACCCGAGUUUCAGCCUCGUUCGAUCUGAGCAGUGCCUGUGUCCAGUGGAAAAGCAGCACACCUCGCAGCGGCUCAGCAGAAUUGGUAUCAGGCGUUUGAAGUCCGAGUGAUGUCCAGUCUGCAGGGGGGGAAGAUUUGAGUAAGAUCUCAGGGAGUUAGUGGUGAGAGCGUCGUUAAUAUGCUCCACCUGAACAGCUUCUCUGCAGCUGGAAAACUUUUCCUUCAUCUUCAUGCUCGUACCGGUUUCUGUGGAGAAGCUGAGGUGCGCCACAGCUACACGUCAACAACAGGAAUGACCAUAAAGCAACUAUUGACAUGUAAUAUUUCCUUUUUUUUUUUUCUGUACCUGGAUUUAUCGCAGCAUUUCAUAUGAUUGCCUUAGCUGGCUGAGACUGAUCAUUGUUACUGUACAUGUUUCGUACAAAUUAUAACUCUUUUUAAAAUUAUGAAACGACAUGCUGGACAUCCGUCUUGUGUGAUCCCUCCAUCAGCUCUUUCAAAGAACUGUGUCGGCUGAAUUAAAGAGAAGACCCAUAACCACA